AUGUCUCUGUCUACCCUAAAAUCAUUCAACUCAGACGUUCCAAAAGGUCAUCAAAUGCCUUCUUCAUUUGACGAAGUGUUCACAUUCAUCGAUCAAAAUGAAAGCGAUGAAGACGACACGGAGACCAGCCGAAUUGAAUUAAAUUCGAUGGACCAAAACCCCUACCAGACAUCCUCAUUGAUGGGCCCUGGGAUAUCACUAUAUACAGAUAAUAUGUUUGACAAUUGGAACAGUGCACAAUAUGCGAAUUUCAAUGCACAGUACACCAAUAGCAUCAUGUCAAAAGCACCACAGGCUUCCUUUGAAAUUGAUCAAAGACUCGCUUUUGGUCCCGAUGAACUUGAGAAAUCUUCCGUUUCUAUACCAAGGCCAACACUGGGUAACCCUUUUAGAUCCGAUGAUCAACUCAACACGUCGCACCAACGUUUGCGGGAACAGUCUGACACGAGCACCUCAACUUCGAGUGUCUGGUCAACUUCUAGUCAGCCAUUUAAACAUGUAGACCCCAAUUCUCAGCCUGAAGUGGCUCCACAGAGGGCAUUGUCUGGUAGACGCAAUUCAGCUCCCUCAAAAAGAAAAAGAAGUAAGGAAGUCGAAGAUGAAGGCGAGACUGAGAGACGACAGAAUCUAUUAGAAAGAAACCGCCAAGCUGCACUCAAAUGCCGCCAACGCAAGAAAGAGUGGAUUGCUCAGCUUCAGGCAAAUGAUAUACAAUCAGCAGCCGAGAACUCUGCACUAAGACGCCAAAUUGCUAUUUAUCGGGAGGAGAUACUUAGUUUAAAAACAAUGCUUGUAGCCCAUGCACACUGUCCAUUAUCUACCAGCCAAAAUACACCUGGAAAUAGUGUACUUGACAUGAUUUGCACCACUCCAAAUUCGGCGGGAAGCCAUUAUCGUUGA